AUGGAUCAUCUGCAUAAAAUAUUGGAAAACACUCCUGGUCAUGUCAGACCAGGGAAUCAAGUUGAUGCAGAUUCAUUUUUAACAGCUCGCAAUCAAGAAAUACAAGCUUUGCUUAAAGAAAUACAGACUCCAAAAAAGUGCAAUAAAAUGAUAUUUCAACGUCUUCCAAAAAAAAUGCGCCGUCGAGUCAUGAGCACAACUGUAAAACGAAUGCCUAAAGAUUUACGAGCUGCUCAUAAAAAAUCUAUUGAAAAGCAAAUGAAUAAACAUGUGAGGCGUAGAAAAGAUUAUAGGCGUAAACCCAAAAGUCGCCGAUUAGACUAUAUGCGACGUCAAAAAAAUGGAAAAUGGCUAGAAACUCAUGUCUGGUUUACAAAACGUUUUCAUAUUGUACUUAAGGACGGAUAUAAAUUACCCAAAAGCUCACAUGAUAAAACUUAUCGAGCAUGUUACAGAGCCAUAGGAAAUCACUGUUUAGCUCAGGAUGUAUCUUACAUUAGUUGUAUUGAACUAAAAGGGCCCUAUGAUCAAUUAAUAGAAGGUUUAAUGCACCAUGUUAAUCAAGAUUGUGGACGUACAUUUAAAGCUAAGUGUUAUGAACAAGGAACUAGAGAAGGAUCGAUUUGCAUUUACAAAAAUAGCACUUAUCCUCAAGAAGCUAUUGGUAGGGUGUCAUUUCUUUGGGAUACUUGUGUUCAAGACAAAAUAAGAACCCUUUGGAUUUGGGCAGAACCUUUAAUUUAUGCACAAUUAGCAAAAGAAUUACAAACUACAUUUAAUUUAAAGCAAAAUGACUCUGAUACUUUAGAGUCUGGACCUCCAGUUUUAAAAAAGCCUAAACUUUUAGAAAUUAUAAAAAAUUCAAAGAAUACUGCAAUUCCUGCAGUACAGACUCCUUCUUUUGUAAAUAGUACUAUAAAAAUGACUUUAUUAAAAGGUUCUUUAAAUAGACUAAGACUAACAGGACCAUUGUCAAAUAGUGUUUUGAGUCGUGUACUAUAUCCUGCUGUUUUGGUUAAUUUAAAAAAUUUUAUUGAUGAAAACUGGUGGUCGUCCCGCUUGAAAGAUCUAAAAAAUUCUACUGAUAUUCAAACAAAACUUUGGGAAUCUUUAAAUGGGGCUGAUAGACCAGAAUCAUAUCCAUCAAACUGUGUAAUUGGAUUUCACACAAUUGAUCCAAGGCUAGUGUUUCCAAUGAAAAGAACAAAAGCUUUGCCUUCUUCAAAAGAUUUUCUACUAACAGAAGAUUAUUCAUUUCAACUACCCACUGUAGCAAGUGUUUCUAAAAUUUGGGAUUCAAAGGUUCGAGAUUGGUCAACGCAGAAUAAAAUGCCCAAUUGUGAAAUUAAUAUGUUACGUAGUAAUUGUGUUAUUAAUGGCAAUGACAAAAUUGCAUUGGAUGAACACUCAAUGUCUAUUAUACCGAUUCUUUUAAUUCAACGACCUGGGCAGAAUCAUCCAAUUACUAGACCAGGUUAUGGUAGUGGUUGGGAUAUUGUUUUACCAGCUGGAUGGGCCAUGCCAUUUUGGUUAGGUCUAAUUAUGAAUGGAUGUCAACCUGGAGGACUACGAGAAACUACAACCAUGAUACUAGAACGAUGUUUACCUAGAUCAGAUGAACCAGAUACUGAAGCUGGAAACCUGAGAGCUAUGUUGGAAAAAGAAGAAGCAAUGAAAAAAUACUUUAGGCUUCCUCCACAAAUGCGAGUUAAUUACAUUAAGUUAGGUUUUCAGACUCCAUUUCAUUGUCCUUGGGACAUUCUCUGUAAUGAAUGGAUGUUAGACUCUAGUAAUAAAUUUGUAUUACGAAACACUAAGUUAUUAGCUCAACUGCAAAAUUUAACUUUAAAUUUAAAAGAAAAAAUUAAUUUAGAAGAUUUAAAGUCUGACUUGAAAACUUGUUUAGUACCCAUUAGACUUGAGUUAUCCCAGAAAGGCAUUCUGAAGCCUAAUUCACACAUAUGUUUACCAACUCUUGAUGAUUUAAAUAAUUUUGGGGAUAGAUCUUUCUUAGGUCCUUUAGAAAAAAUUCACAAAGAUUUGAAUGCUUUUAAGCGAAAGGUUUACCGUUUAGAACACAAAAAACUGUUGAGAUCCCUGAGACGUAAACGUGUAUUAGAAAAAAAAAAGAGAAACAUUCUCUGUAAACGAUAUAAACUCAAAGUAUCACCAACAUCUCAAAUAGUCAAGGAAUAUCUGAACCAAAUGAAAAAGUUAUGGAUUCCUGAAGAACAAGCCCCCUUAAAACACAGUUGUAGUCGUAUAAUUUUAGGUUUCUCGUGCAAUAGUCAUUUUAGUUUUACUAAAUCCAAAUAUGUUGGCAUUGGUUACAUGCCUGGCCCUGCGUUAAUAGAAUUGUUCAACCUUUGGUCAGAGUCUAAAAUAAAUUUACCAUAUGUACUUAUUCGAAAUCCCAGCACUAAUCAUUAUAGGUUUGCUCUUCUAAGUAUAACAAUUUAAUAUAGA